ACGUGACUGGUUACGUAAGUGUCAAAGGUAACUCCGGUUGCUGGGCGUUUGAAGAGACACUUGUCCCUUUGGCCUCGGGCAGCUUUUGUAGAUAUUAACCGAACCGGAAAAAAACACGACACAUUCCCCAUUUUUUUUUCUCUUUCUUUGGCAUUUGCGGGUUUCAAGGUAGCACCCACCGUGGCCGUGAAACUCUAGGUUGGAAGGUGGAGAAGAAGGGCUAAUUCCUGAUGAUGGCCCAUUACCCAGGAUACUCUCUCAGGGACACACUUUACUGGGAUGAAACAGAAUGCCUCAACUACUAUGGGAUGCUGUCCCUGCAUGAAGUUUUUGAAAUCGUCAGUGCUCAGCUGACCGAGACGGAUAUUGACGUGCUCUCUUUCCUUCUGAAUGAAAGCUUCUCUGUAUCGCACCCCCUCGACCCAGCAGGCUGGACAGUCGAGCCUCGUUUGGGGGAUCCAGACUGCCCAGGUGUGUCCCCCAGCCCUGAACUGCUAAAGGCUUGGAAGAGGUUACAGCCUCAGGGUUCCCCGUGUUCCUCAUUCACGUUAUACAAGCCGAGUAGUGGUCUAGAGUUGCUGCUGGAGUUGGAGAGGCGAGGGUACAUCAGUGAGGGCAACUUGGAACCACUACUGCAACUUCUGAGAGUCCUCACUCGUCAUGAUCUUCUCCCUUUUGUGUCUCGCAAGAGAAGGAGGACAGUAUCCCCAGAGAGAAUUGGACGGAAGUGCGGGAUAGAGAAUGGAGAGCUGAUGUGCCACUCUGGACAGAGACACAACUGCAGACAGACAGAAAUACCAAUGCGAAACUUCAUGCAGGACUGGAGAAGUGAUGUUUACCCUCCCAUGCCUGGGCAAGUCCCCAGGAGGAGGAGGAAGAAGAGGGGCCAUGGCUGGAGCCGCAGGCCCAAGAAACCGUGCAGGCAGGACCAGCUGCCUCCUCCUCCACCACCAGAAAAAGUCUGUUGCGCAGAUAUCCGACUGCGGGUCCGGGCUGAGUACCUCGAGCAUGACUCGGUACUUCGCGGUGGUGUCUCCUCGGACAAGCAGCAGCCCCUGGAGCGGCAGUUUGAGUUGUUCAGCCGAGCCAGCUCGCUGCUGCGUGCCAGGGACCUGGGCUCCAUCAUCUGCAACAUCAAGUUUACAGAGCUGGACAACCUAGAGGCCUUCUGGGGGGACUACCUCAGUGGGGCCCUGCUGGAGGCUCUGAAGGGCGUCUUCAUCACCGACUCCCUGAGAAUGGCGGCGGGCUCAGAGGGUGUCCGUCUGCUGAUCAGCGUGGACCAGGAUGACUAUGAGGAGGGUCGAAGGGUGCUCUUAGCUAGGAGAAUGCGGUCAUCCAUCAAUGGUCCUGCUCUGUAGGAUGCCAGGAUGAAAAAAGGAUGACUCAAAAUGAAGAGCAGGCUCAUUUUUCUUCUUGGUCUCUCUCAGCAAGAGCCGUAAACAAGCAGACCUCUUCCAGAGGAUCAACGGUAAAGCACACCAUGACUUUAUCAAACUUGAAUAAAAAGAAGAUAACAGGCCAGACCACACAUAACUAUCUAUUGUUGACACAUGCAGGUGCUCAGUCUGUCAAAGCUCAGACUGCCUUUACACAAACUUACACAGACACUAAUUUAUAGACAGAAAUCACAACCGAUCUGCCUAUCAUCCAUCCAAGUUUAUAUUUUGCACAGACAGUGGACUGCCAGAUGCCAAACUGUGAUUCUUAGAAAUCUGCACACACACUUAGACCACUGCACAGUGCAAAGCAAGAUAUGAUUUGAUUUCGCUGAAAUGUUCGCCUUGAGAGGGGAACUGUUAACAGGCUAUUAUGGUUUGUAGAACAGAUUAAAAACAUAAACUGAGUGGCCAAGAAAAUAUUAAAUGAUGGUUUGUGUUUGGAUCAAAUAAAAUUUUGUGAGAAUUGAACGCCGAUGACAAAAAGGAUGGUGGUCAGUACAGAGCAGCCUUUGUGUCUAACUUUGGUUCUGGAGAGCCCAGUCUACACACACGCACACACCCACAUAUAAAAAAAAAACACUGGGACUCCUAGCUCUGUGUGCCACGAUAAACCAACUUGUGAUUGCCGUGGUCAGUGGACAUGGCAGGUGCCAGUAGAUGACAGCAGUGAUUAGGGCUGGGCCUCAGUGGACCAUGGAAGAUUCAUCAUCACAAGCUUGUCAAAAGCAACCGGGAUAAUGCAAUGGCGGCUUGUAUAUCCGGGCUUCCAGCUAGGCCUCAGCAAGUGCUUCUCUCAGCAAGUAAAGCACAGGACAGUGCGUCGGUCAAUAGAAGUGAUGUUGGGGAGAUCAAAAUCAAAAGUGCACAUCCCAGCUCCACUCAGCCCUGCUAUGUAGGCCCAGUAGAGUGGCUCACGGACAGCUGUCUACUCACCCUGCUGGAACUAAUGCCUGGACUUCACUCAUAGAAGACGAUCAAUAAGGCCCCUCACUCUAAGUCCCUUCAUACAAGCACAACUUAAGCGGACAGGCUGCUUGCUACUGUCUGAAUUGCAGGGCUCUGCCGGGUCAGGCAGAGGCACCCACAGGGAGGGACAUGGGAUAUAACAUCAAGUUUCAUUUUGUGUGUUUUUGGUAUAAGCAUUUCUUAAUGUAUGUUUGUACUGUUCAUUGGGGGAAAAAAACAUUUAAAAAAUCACUUUGGGGGGAUUUUUUUUUUUUUUUUUUUUUUUUUUUGUUAAAAAAAAUAGACAUUUACUUUUGGCAUGUCAAGUCUUUUUGUGGAAAUGUUAAUAUAUUAGAACUAAUUUCUGGUGACAAUAAAGAUUUAUUGGAAUAAA